AUGAUCGCUGAUUUUACUGCCGCCGGGGACCAGCUCGGGUGGGCGCUCCGCACCAGCGCGGCGAUUCCAGUGAGGUGCGGCGUCGACAUGGAGGUGCCGGACAUGACGUUGAAGUUGAACUUGGACGACGAGGCGGCGGCGCCGGUGCUCACCUUGAAGGGCCAUGCAGCGAUGAUGUUGACUCCGGGGCCGGUGAUGUCUGGUUUGAGGAUCCCCGGGCUGGCGUGGCUCGGUCCCCGUGAGGAAAAUGAGGCGACCGCCGGCGACGGUGACGUCCCGAUGAGUGUCCCCUUGACAUAG